AUGAAUCAGAAGUUGUCAGAUUCUCACGACAUGGUGCCACAAACCACACUGUUAUCUGGAUAUUGGUCUGGAAUUGGAAAAUUGAAUGUGUUGACAUAUAUUCAGAAGAGUGUAGAAGCACCAUGUUCCACAAAGACUGUAAUGAGAUGGCCUUUGGUUCCAAUGAUAUGCACACAGGAUGUCUUAUUGAGCACAGGCGGGAGGUCAAUGACAUCGUGUCCCCUGACUUUUGUCGACGAUUACCCUUACCCCUCCUCCCUAAUGCCCUCUGUCAGACUGUCAGGAGGGUCAUAUAUUGACAUCCGCCUACCCAGAAUACUUAGUAACUCGGAUUACGGAUUCUCCGCCUUCGUAAACCCUGCCACUCACAAUCAUAGCUGCAUCCUACACUACAAGUCCGACGACGGUCUUUUCGAUAUGAAGUUCGUUUCCACAUCCACAGAAACUCGGGCAACCGUUAGCAAAGUGGAAAAUCUGACUGUAACCCAUAAUACUCUACAGUUGGGACAAUGGCAGAAAAUCGGCAUGGGAGUUGACAUAUCUCAGGAUAAAAUCCAGCUUGCAGUUGAUAUUUCCGUUUUCGAUGAUGAUGAUGCGAGUGAAAAGUCCACUUCCGUUAGUGCUACUGAAGAUCUUAGCUUCCACACCCCAGGAACUUUGAGAGUGGGUGGAUCGUUUGACGGAGAAACAUACAGUGGUUUGAUAUCCUGUGUAAGUCUCAUCGAGGAGAAAAAGUUGGAUUGUUCUACAGGUUGCUAUGAUGAUGGAACCUGGUCUGGAGUUAAUAAUAUUCGGGAUAAAAAGCACUACGGCACUUUCACACCAAUUAUUUCUGGAAAGGAACCAGUGCAGUCUCCUUUAUUCGUUACUUCCGCCGAGACGCUAACCCCCUGCGCAUUGCUGUGUUUGAAAAAUUACUUUGAUUGUGCCUCUAUAACAUAUGACGUCAUCACGAAAAUAUGUUCUCUUUUCUCCGGUUACUUUUUCAUUCAGAUGCAGAACUGCUCUUCGAGCACCACCCUCUAUACACUACAAGCGUAUUAG